CGAAGGAGCUGGCUGCUUCACUGGCAUUGGCCGAGUUCACCGGCCUUGCAAGGCGCCAAGAGUUCGCAGACUGUGCGCGGGGAGUGCUGGCCAGCGCCCCGUCUGGGCUGGGGCCCAACGGCAGCCCCAGGCUCCGGGGCAGUGGGAGGGCUUCGCUUUCCUUUCACUUUCUCGGGCCGCCAAACCUGACACCUGGGGGCAGAACUACAGUUCCCACCACGCAGCGAGGCAGCAGGAAGAAGGGGUCCUGAGGGCCGAAAAGGAAAGAAAAGAAAACCUUACCUGCGAGCAGAGCUCCAGUGCAGGCAGCAAGGGCCAUGCAAUUCUCCAGCUCAGCCAGGGCAGCAGAUGAGAACUUUGACUAUUUGUUCAAGAUUAUCCUCAUCGGGGACUCCAACGUGGGGAAGACGUGUGUGGUGCAGCAUUUCAAAUCUGGGGUCUACACAGAGACGCAGCAGAACACGAUUGGGGUGGACUUCACCGUGCGCUCCCUCGAGAUCGACGGCAAGAAAGUGAAGAUGCAGGUGUGGGACACCGCAGGCCAGGAGCGCUUCCGGACCAUCACCCAAAGCUACUACCGCAGCGCCCAUGCGGCCAUCAUUGCCUACGACCUCACCCGGCGGUCCACCUUCGAGUCCGUUCCUCACUGGAUUCACGAGAUCGAAAAAUAUGGAGCUGCGAACUUGGUCAUUAUGCUGAUCGGGAACAAAUGUGACCUGUGGGAAAAACGGCACGUUCUGUUCGAGGACGCCUGCACCCUGGCUGAGAAAUAUGGCCUCCUGGCUGUCUUGGAGACGUCAGCCAAGGAGUCCAAGAACAUAGACGAAGUCUUCGUGCUCAUGGCCAGGGAGCUGAUCGCCCGGAACAGCCUGCACCUGUAUGGGGACAGCGGCCUGAACACCCUGCCCCUGGACUCCAGUCCAGUGCUGGUGGCCCAGGGGCCGAGUGAAAAGACCCACUGCACUUGCUGAAUAAGUUCACGAGGCCGGUAGCACCUACACAUGGCCGUCUCUACAACCAAAGGUAGCUGGAUCUCUUAGUGCCUGCUGAGUAGCAUUUCAGACCCAAGUGUAGCCUUGCCGCGAGUCCUCUGUCCUCAACUCCAACCAGAGGCCCCGACGGUUGACUCUGAGGACAGGGGACACCACUGUCCUUCUUGAUUUUGCCUUGGACUUAAAGGCACAGGGGUAGGAGGACAAGUUUGGCUCUUUUUUAUCUUCCCUUUUCUGCAUCCACAACCCUUCAGCUGUGUUUCUACUGAAUUUGCUUCUUGCUUGAAGAAGAGGGUAGUGAAGGAAAGAGGAGAGUACGGGGGCGGGGGGCACCAAAAUACCCAGAAUUUAUUUAUAAAAAAAUGUGUAUUUAUUCUUACAUGUGUAAACAUUAGUCACCUUCAAAGUACACUCCAUUUGAUGCAAUACCCCUCCUGAAAUGUUACUUCACUGCUCAAAACAGUUUUUGAACUCAUCAGUUUUGGUGCCUUUUAGUGGUUCCAUUUUUUAUGUCUUCCACCUCGGCAAAAGGUUUCCCUUUGAGGACUUUUUUAAUCCAGGGAAACAAAAAGAAAAGGGUCAGGGUGAGAGAUUGGAUGAUUAUAAAGGGUGGGGCAUGGAGGGUCUUGUUUGGUCAAAAAUCACUGAACACCCAGCGCAGUGCGGGCAGGUGAGCUCCUAAAUCACCCAUCAUUAGAUGGGCAAAUGUGUUGAGUCUUCAGAAAAAUUCACUGAGGCCGAACGCAGCCUCUCACAACAAUGCCAUCUGGUCCACUCAUACAGAUGGGUUCCUAGAACACUCAUGUAGCUGGGGAAGCCUGUACUACAAGAAGCCCACCCUCCAGAAGAUAAUUCCGGGUUUUUUGGGUCCCCCCGCCUCAUAUCGAGAGGGGAGAGGAUGUUUGGAACAUUCUGGAACAGUUAAAACAGCUCAGGCACGCAAGAAUGGAGAAAAAAAGCCUGCGAUGACAAACCAGAAUGCUGUCAACAUUUGCUUCCUUACAGUCACACUUCAGGGCUUUAGUUCUGGGAGCAAAGCCUUUUGACACAAAGACCGUAAGUACCUCUUGCCAAAUGGUCAAGGAGCCAUGUGAUGGAGAUAGAAUUGGAUUUCACUUCGUUCUAGCUGGACUGAUUUGACCACCUUCAUAGAAUGUGGGAGAUACCUACCAUUUCUUUAUAAAAUACCAAAUUAGCUGCUGGGUAGAAAGCACUCCUGAACUGACAUUAAAUGGGCUCCAAGGUGAGGAGCAAACCACCAUUGACCUCACAGUGUGGCCCUGGACGCACCACGGACCCUCAGGGACCUGUGAGCAAUGCACCGUUGUUUUCCGAAGUUCCCCGAUGGUUGUUGCUGUGGCGCACCUUGCAGUCACAGCAAGAACCACAAGGACCCAUCUAGCCACUACAUUGGCUCCCAAAGCGGAAAGGUCUGGGGGGGUGCUCCUUGGGCCCCUGGAAUGCCCCCAAGAGUUGCCAGCUGGCAGCACCCCUCUGAAUAGGCUGAGACCGGCACAGAACCAAUAGUCACUAGUUACAUGCAGCCACUGAGUACUUGCAGGCAGAGGCCGAAGUGGCUCACGCCAAUUUUCCUUCAUUUCUCUGCAAAUCAGUCUCAUCCAAUACUCUGGAAGACACAUCAGCUUCUAGGGUUAUGCACUCCGGGGAUUAUCUGGAAUGAAAAUAUUCCUACCAACAGGUUAGACAUGCGAGCACAAGGUCACCUGAACACUAGGACCCUGUGAUUAAUCGGCUGUGACAGAAACCCUCGAGUACUCUAGAAAGGGUUCCCAGAGUGGAGUGGCCUCACUGGAUUGGGGCGCCCAAGGUCUGUUCCACAGCAAGGCCCAGGCGUCUCCGAGGCUCAGCAGCCGCGGGCCUGGCGUGGGCAGCUGGCUGGGCGGGUCCUCCGUGCGGCCGAGGACUCAGAAGGUGACGCGGUAACUGAAUUCUGGUGUUCUUCUCACAUUCCCUAAAUGGUGCAGGUGGUAACAAGUUUUAUGAAAUUAAGUUACAAAAGGGACAUUUUGGAAGAAUAAAGAUUGUAAAUGUCUUCAUAUUUGGUUCACCAGCGUCCAGGACAUUUUCCUGUGUGUGAAAGUCUUCCAGUUAAUAUUUCAUUGUUCAAUUAUGCUAAGUAAAAUAAGCCAGUCGGAGAAAGACAAGUUCCAAAUGAUUUCACUCAUAGGUGGACUCUAAUGAACAGGCUUAGUUAGCAAACAAAAUAGAGACA